GCCAUUAUUUUUUUCUUUUCUUCUCCGUGUUGAUUUAGAUGCGCGCUACGUUUUUCCUCUUUGCAGUAAGAUAUAACUUUACAGUUUUUUUCCCAAUAAUGUCUAGCUUCUAGCUAAUACAUAAAUGUUGUUUUCACUGGCUUCAAUGAAACAUUCCGUCAUCACAUUUGCCUGAACACAGAACCAUUACGCAGGCCAGCGUGCUAGCUGCGUGAAUACCGGUGCCGAAAUAACGCGAGAUUUCCGACAGAAUUUGAAAAUUUAAGGCACAGAACCAAUGACUCUGGGUUCCCCAACAUCGCCUAAACCCGGCCUGGGUGCCCAGUUCCUUCCCGGGUUUUUGAUAGGGGAUCUGCCAGCACCUGUCACACCCCUGCCUCGGUCAUUUGGGGUCAUGGAAAUGAGGUCACCAUUUCAAGCAGGUGGCUCUCCCCCCCAACCUGUAGUUCCUACACCUAAAGACAAGAGUGGGGCCCCUCCAGUUAGGAGUAUCUAUGAUGAUCUCUCCAGUCCUGCCAUCGGGAUGUCCCCUAUGUGUGCACAUAAACAGCCCUUCUCAAUGAUGCAAACCCCACUGUCUGGUUAUAUGGCUGUCACACCAGGAACAGCGUCCAGUCUAUUUAGUCCUGCUAGUACCAGUCAGCAGGCCAAGUCAACAAUGUCUCCAGCCCAAGUCGACCCUUUCUUCACUCAGGGAGAUGCACUGUCUUCUGAAGACCAUCUAGAUGAUACAUGGAUCACCGUAUUUGGGUUCCCUCCGGCCUCCGCGUCUUAUAUUCUGUUGCAGUUCGCCCAGUAUGGAAACAUAACGAAACAUGUGAUGUCCAACACUGGUAACUGGAUGCACUUUCAAUAUCAGUCAAAACUACAAGCAAGAAAAGCUCUUAGUAAAGACGGGAAGAUUUUUGGCGAGGCUAUAAUGAUUGGUGUUAAACCAUGCAUCGAUAAGAAUGUGAUGGAGAGCUCAGACCGAGGCUCGACCUCCUCUGGCUCAGUGUUUACUCCUCCAGUCAGAAAUGGAACCCCCAGCCACCAUGUCACUACACCUCACUCCUCUAUGAGGCCCCUCAGUGCAGCCUACAAGGCCUGCAGCAGUGACUACCAGGUGGUAGCUGACAGACAGACUCCAAGGAAAGAUGACAGUUUGGUUUCCAAAGCGAUGGAGUACAUGUUUGGCUGGUGAGAUGGUCUCCUCCAAUGGCUGAACGCUUCCUAUUUAGAACUCAAGACAGAAUGACCAACCGCGGCCUUCUGUCAUUACGGAGUCCGUUGUCUGUAUCCCUUAUAGCACUCUAUUCGCUAUCUACUGCAUUACGUUUUACCAGGGCCCUAGGGAUUAGGGUGCUAUUUGGUAUACAUCCAGUGUGUAACUGAUAUACUUAACCCUGUGACUUCUAUGCACUUUAUGUGGUGGACAGGAUUUUAAAUCAGCCGGAUAUUUUAUGUUAGCGUUGAAGUGUUUAUUUUAUUUUUGUGCCAAAGUCACGUUGCUAAAUUGACCAACAACACAGACUUAAACAAAGUAAAUAUUUUUAAUUUUUUUAUUGGUCUGAUUUGAUGUGAAAUUAAUCACACAUAAUGAAUACCUGUUUGUACCAAAUGGCAUAUUCCCUAUGCAGUGCACUACUUUUAACAAGGGCCCAUAGUGGUCCGGUCAAAAUUAGUGUACUUUUUUUUUAGGUUUAUAGGGUUGGGGGAUAUUUUCCAGUACAGUGUCUGAAGUGAAGAGCUGCUUUGCCUAUUAGAGGUCAAGGUUGUACGUCAGCGUCUUAAACCAUGUUGAAAUGGUGCGAGAUUGUCUGGUUCUCUUUUUGUGUGGUUCUGCUGAGUGGUUCGCUAGAGAAUGUUAUUUAAGGCUCAUACUUUUGCAGAAUUUUUAUUAUAAUUAUUUUUUUUUUUUUGUAUGCUUUCAAACUUAUCAUUGAUUUAUUAUUUUUAAGUCCUGUUUUAUUUUGUCUAGCUAUUUACAAUGAGCUGUUUUCUACUGUGCGGCAGGGUAGCCUAGUGGGGCGGCAGGGUAGCCUAGUGGUUAGAGCGUUGGACUAGUAACCGGAAGGUUGCAAGUUCAAACCCCUGAGCUGACAAGGUACGAAUCUGUUGUUUUGCUCCUGAACAGGCAGUUAACCCACUGUUCCUAGGCCGUCAUUGAAAAUAAGAAUUUGUUCUUAAAUGACUUGCCUAGUUAAAUAAAGGUAAAAUUAAAAAAACUAUCUUAGCUGAUACUUACUGUUUUUAAAUAAAUGGUGCAUCCAUUU